AUGUCAUCCACGGAGAAAGCUGCUUUCCCGAUGGUCACCGAGGCCACAAAAGAUGAACUUCUCAACACUGCAGGCGAGGUUUCACCUCCUGGUCAGGAGAGCUUCAAGAAGGGCACGAUCUUCUCCAAAAUCCACGGUUGGUAUGUAACGCCUCUAUUCCAGCUGAUUUGGGUUGGCGCCAUCUGCUUUCUCUGCCCUGGCAUGUAUAAUGCCCUUACUGGCAUGGGAGGUGCGGGACUGACGAAUACAACUCUGGUGGACAAAAUGAACACUGCUCUGUAUGCAACGUCUGCUGUCGUCAGCUUCGGUGCGGGUUCAAUCGUGAACCGGCUUGGGCUGCGAAUGACACUCGCCUUUGGGGGCAUAGGGUAUUGUAUCUAUGUCAUUAGCGUGUUGGUGUCUUUAUACAAACCCGUCGCCGGAUUUAAUAUUUUUGCCGGCUUCUUGCUAGGCGUUUGUUCUAGUCUGCUAUGGACUGCCCAAGGCACGAUUAUGGUGUCAUAUCCGUUGGAGCAACAAAAAGGACGCUACUUUACUCUUUUCUGGUCAAUUUUCAACGUUGGGUCGUGCCUUGGCAGUCUGAUUGUCCUUGCCAAUAGCAUUCAUUCGACAACCAAGGUCGACGUAUCAAGCGCCGUUUAUAUCGUCUUCAUUGUCCUUAUGUUCGUGGGAGCUCUUCUUGGGCUUCUCAUUAGUGAUGCAAAGAAGGUCGUCCGGUCAGAUGGGUCUAGAGUUAUUCUCAUGAAGAACCCCAGUUGGAAGACCGAGCUUAUCGGGCUCUGGACAACUCUCCGCAGUGAGCCGACUGUUUUGUUGCUUUUCCCCAUGUUCUGGUCUUCCAACUGGUUUAUUACCUACCAGACAAACUCGGUUAAUAGCGCUUACUUUAACACCCGUACCAAGGCACUAAAUACCUUCCUCUAUUACAUUGCUCAUAUUCUCGGGGCAGUCUUUGUUGGCUUGGUAUCGGACAUGACUUAUUUUCGCCGUGCUGUCCGUGCUCGGAUGAUGCUUAUCAUUCUCUUCGCCUUAACUAUGGUCAUUUAUGGUGGCGGAUAUAGGUUCCAGACACAAUACACUCGUCUUUCAGCAGUCAACAUUUAUAAGGACUGGGCUGACCCCGGCUAUGUGGGUCCGAUGUUCUUGUACAUAUUUUAUGGAUUCUACGACGUUGUCUGGCAGGGCGCGGUAUACUGGUAUAUUGGAGCUCUCAGCAAUUCAGGACGGAAGGGUGCCAAUUAUGUUGGCUUUUAUAAGGGUAUUCAGUCCGCUGGUGCUGGCGUCAUGUGGGCGUGGGACUCAACAAAGCCGGCGUACAUGACAGAACUUGCUAGUAAUUGGGCUCUGUUAGCUGGUUCGCUCGUUAUCGCUGCUCCCGUAAUCUGGAUGAAGAUCAAAGACCACGUUCCGGUUGAGGAGGAUCUGGAGGGCACCGACGAAACAGUUAACGAUGUGUUGCCGCCUAUUAAUCAUACGGAGGGCCGCAACGGAUCCCGCGUAUAA